AUGAAUCCACAUCAGAAAAAUAAGAUUGACAUCAGCAAACUGUCGGCAGACGAGCAACGUCUGUUCAGACUCUAUGGCAAACUUCCCAACAAGAAAGAUCUCCUACAGAACAAGUUGAAGGAACGCAAGUACUUCGACUCUGGUGACUACGCGCUCUCUAAAGCGGGCAAGGCCUCCGAUACGGGCGUUACCACAAUCGGUACCGAACAUCCCAAGGCCGAGGAGAUCCCGCACAUGUCUCCGCUCACCCAUACCCUUUCACGCUCUGACUCUAUUGCCUCAGGGACACCUGGCGGCCUUGCUACUUCUCCGGACGGUUUGGGCCAUGCUGCGCAACUGUCCCCGGUUGGCGGCGGAGGGCCAGGCGGUAUCCAUAGGGGCCUUAUCAAUGGGAUCCCCGGCGGCGGUUUGCCUGGUGCGACAAGCAGGAGCCCAGUCAAGGAGAGCAGCUUUUUGGCGAGAAGUGCGAGUAUGGAUGAAAAUGACGGAAAUCAGCAACAACGAAAGGGAAAUAUCAUGGAGGGAAGUAUCAGUCCGCCAGUGCAGAAAGCAGGGAUUCCGAUUCGGAGAUGA